AUGGACUUAAUCUUAAAUGUUGUAACGUUAUUUAAUCCAAUAAAGAAAAGGGCUGUCUCGUAUGGUGUGGCCAGUGAUUGGAAUAAUCCUUCACCAAGUACGUCGACUGAAUGGAUAUUGACAUUUGGAACGUCCAUGUUGAAGCAUACUGAAAGGGCACGGCAAUCUGAAUGCCAAGCCAAGCGGCCAUGUGUAAAACCAUACAACAAAUUUGAUGAAACUGAGGAGACAAGGAACUUGUCCAACGUAGAAUUACAGCGAUUGGUUGCACGAACUCAGAAGGAAUAUUUAAAACUAAAAAAGGAGCACAAAAAAAGGGAAAUCGUGGACGUUGAUGGAAAGUCAUAUCUACAGAUAUACCAUAAAAAAAAGGUAAAUAAAACGGCAAGAGCAAGUGGAAGUGACAGUAGCUCAGCAGCCGAAAGCCGUGAAUAUACGCAGAAACAAAGUACCAAUGUUGCUGUAGGACAUAAAAAUGAAGGACCGGACAGUAAUUCUAGAAAUAAAAAAGAAGAAAGACAUUCUGACAAGGUUAAGAAUAUCGAUGAAAAUAAACAAACAAAUAUUCUCCAAGAGCAAAGUAAAAUACAAGAAAAUGUUAUGAACCAAUACAUUCAACUAAAUAAAGACACAAAUCCAAAUCAAGAUGAAUGGGAAAUUAAACAGAGGAGAGUGAGGCGUUUAAGAAAAAAUGUGGGCGAAUCAAGCGAGGACACUAAUUUCAGGGGUGCUGCAAAUAAUAAUCCAAAGUGUUAUAUGUACAUCUACAGAGUAGGAAAAGAAGUUAAUGAAAAGGACAUUACAUCUUUUAUAGGAAACAAACUAAAUAUACAAAACAAUAAUAUGGAAAACGAGCAAAUUAUUGUGAAGAAAAUUCAGUGCAACAGUACAAAUACAAUAAGUUUCAUAGUUGCCACAGACUUUAGUCAUAAGGAUAAAAUGUAUACUCCUUCUUUCUGGCCUAAAGGGGUAUGCUAUAGGAGAUUUGAUUUUAAAAAAUACUACGAAGAUUUUAAAAUCAGAGAUGUUAUCAAUGAUGGUAGAGACAAUAUAGGAAAUUUUCAAGUAUCGGGAAGCUGA